UUUUUCUUGACAGCUUUGUCAAAGCGCGUAGUGACGUCCGGAAAUUCUGCGAGAGUGAAUUUACCAGAAAGACUCAACCAGAUAACUUCAACGUUGGAAGAUGUUUGCAUUCUUCGGGAAAGUUUGGCAAAAUUUCCAACUCCUGCCUAGAGUACAUGCUCAGGAUGAGGAAGAGAUUGUCGAUCCUCAGCAAGUUUUGCGGGAAAAGUGCGCCCAGGUGCCUAAGAUUGAAUCCCUGUGGGGGCGAUACCAGGAGUGCAAUGAUAGAGUAAAUAGCCGCACAAAAACCACCGAGAAUUGUCAAGAGGAGCUCUUUGAUUAUCUCCAUGAGCUGGAUCAUUGCGUUACCCACACACUUUUCUCCAAAUUGAAGUAAUUUCCACAUAGGGAUUACAUACUCCCGGAAAUGAUUAGGUAAAAAACUAAUAUGUUAGCCAAAGUAAACGGCUGAGGAAUAAAGGAGGUAUCAUAAGUUA